UUUUGGCGCGAAAUGAUUCGGGGGGAAUUCGGUCUCUGUUUACAAGUGUGUAUCUGUGGGUUUUCAUCUCUGCAUGACCGCCCCCAAAAAAAGUUUUCCGAAAAUUACUAAAUUAUUAGAUGUGUGUCAAUGCUUGCAAUGUAUAAACAGAUUUAGCGCCAGUACAUAGCGGCCAACCCGCAUAUAUUUAGACCGUCAAAUUCAAUGGGGGAGGGGGUUGUACAAGUAGCACGUAGUACUGUAACUCCUUGCAUGAUUUGUGCAAAAAUUUAUGAAGAACCACCCACAACUUGGCGUCGAUGGAAAAGCAGUUGAGUCCAGAAGAAGUCCACUUCCUUCUGAUGCACGGAAACCUCUCGUCUCCUGCUGUUUUCAAAGGCAUGGUGCAAAACUGGCCGGCGUCAAACUGGAGUCCGGAAAGUCUAGCUCAAGUGCUGGAAAAUAGAACUCUGCGAUUCCGGACAGGCCCACGGAAUCCGGCGUCUAAAGAUGUCCUGUGGGAGACAGACUGUGAGUACAUAGAUGCCAGCCUGUACCAGUUCUGUCUGUGGUUAGACCCUGUGUCCCCCCACCCACCUGAGGACAACAGUACAGACAGUAACCCUCUACAGCCAUACAACCCUGACAACACAUGGGCUUACCUGGACUACAAGUACAUGGCAGAGUUGUUCUCUGACCAACCAGACAUUUUGGAGGCUGUGAGAUGGGAGGAUUUUGGCUUCCCCGGGCGCAGUGGUGUGGAGAGUACGAUCUGGGUGGGCAGUGUUGGAGCACACACUCCCUGUCACUAUGACACGUACGGGUGUAACCUGGUACUACAGGUGUAUGGCAGAAAGAAGUGGGUUCUUUUUCCACCGGAGGACAGUCCAAGUCUGUACCCAACACGGCUGCCAUAUGAGGAGUCCAGUGUGUUCAGUCAGGUGAAUGUGGCUCAUCCUAAUGUCGAGCAGCACCCCAAGGUAGUGAACAGUCACCCGUAUGUUGUAGUGUUGGAGCCUGGUGAUGUGCUGUUUGUACCCAAACACUGGUGGCAUUAUGUGGAGUCCCUCAGCACCAGUAUAGCUGUCAACUCAUGGAUAGAAAUGACCAGUGAUGCAGAGGACCGUCUUCAGGAGGCUGUGGUGAGGCUGGUGCUGCUGUCAAUCAAAUCAGGUUCUGACCAAUCACAGUGGCUUAAUCCAACAGAGAACGUGACCUCUCGAGCAUCAAACCUGGGUUUUGUGCAGGCAGCCUUGGAAGAAGUAAGAGCUAAGAAUGGAUGUGUCGGUGCCUCAACGUGCAGCUUGGCUGGAGGCUGCCCUUUUCCUCAGAUCAACAGUGAUUGA